GCGGCACGAACGUUGGAACGCAUUGGCGAUAAGAAACGGUUACAGGAUUGUUAUAGCUUAAUGAAAGCAAUCGGUACAUCCAUUUCGACUUGACAUUAAUUCCAUGUUUAAUCACCGAAUCGUUUUUUUUUUUGCGUUUGUUUGGCCUGGUGCCGAAGCCGCUAUGUGUAUCGAUCUAUUAGUUAAACACGGUGCUGCCGUUAACGUCGUGGAUGUGAACGAAGAAGCGACUCCGCUGUGUUGUGCUGCCGCUUCCGGGUGCAUCGAGUCUGUUGAAUCACUGCUGAAGGCCGGAGCAGACCCAAAUCCUAAGGUUAACACGUCUCCAUUAGUAUUGGCCGUUCGGUCACGAAGUUUGAUUUGCGCCACUCGACUGAUUGGGGCCGGUGCAGCCGUCAACAGCGUACAAGUUAACAGUGAAUCACCGCUUCACGUAGCUGCCGCCCAGGGCGAUGCUGAUUGCCUGAAAUUACUCCUGGAGAACAAUGCAGAUAUUCAUGCCGUUUGUGGCCCUGGGCGCAGGAACGCACUUCACGUGGCCGCAUUCCAUGGCAAAGUCGCAUGCAUCCGGCUGCUUCUACAGGCCAGCAAAGCGGAUAUCGACACGCAAGAAGCUGAUGGUCGGACACCCUUGCAUUUGGCGGCGUUGUGUCAAUCGGCCGAAUCGGUUGCAGAAUUAUUAGAAAAGGGAGCAGGACACGACAUUUUCGACAACAUGAAAGAGACGCCGCUUCACAGCGCGGCCGUCAAAUGCCGUCAGUCGAUAGACGUCGUCAAACUGUUAGUUUCAAAGGGAGCCAACGUCAAUGCGCAAAAUCAUUUGGAACAAACGCCUCUUCAUUUUGCGGCAAUCAAUGAGAAUUCAAAGCUUGCUGCUUUUCUCAUACAAUCGGGUACCGAUUUGUCGAUUAAAAACCGGGAAGGGACUACGGCAUUGGAAUUGGUCGCUCGCCGAGUUCCAAACGCCCUACGAGCCCUCCAUCGCAAAUUGGAUUCGGCGGUGGAGAUAACAGGUCACGAUCCAACCGAUCUGGAUUACGAAUUACGUCUUGAUUUGAGGGUGUUAGUGCCCAGAGGUAACCAACAACAUGUGGGCGAAAUGGCCCUGCUGAAGUCUCUAAUUGCCGCUGAUCAACGUCACUUCCUCCAGCAUCCAGUCGUAGGAGCUUUUCUCCAUUUAAAAUGGAUGAAAAUCCGAACUAUCUUUAUCCUUUCCCUCAUCUUCCAACUUUGUUACGUUCUAUCAUUGUCACUCAACAUCUUUUCAAUGUACGUCGUCAACAAUAAUCUCACUGAUUGCUCUUUGAAUAGCGAUUCGUCGUUGUGCGAGCCAGAUAACCUGAUGCGCAUUAAUAUUCUGUGGUACCUGACGGUCAUUUGGGGUUCGGCAACAGGUUGUAAGGAAUUUUUCCAGCUGUAUUGCAAUCCAAUAGAAUACGUCAGAGAUCCGGAAAACUACGCUCAACUCUUUUCUAUUGUCGGAAUGGUCUUCACUCUCCUUCGUCCGAACCAAAAGGCAGAAGGCGAAGAUAACAACGAUUGGCAACAUCACUUGGCCGCUGUAGUCAUUACCGUGACCUGGUGUAAUCUAAUGUUGCAUGUCGGACGGUUCCCUGUAUUUGGAUUGUACGUGCAAAUGUUUACGACCGUUGCAUGGAAUCUUGCUAAAUUGUUGCUGGCCUAUAUGAGCCUCAUCAUUGGCUUUGCAAUGGGAUUCGCCGUUCUGUUUCCUAAUACGGAUUCUUUCUACCAGAUGCCCGAAGCUCUGCUGAAGGCACUAGUCAUGAUGACGGGCGAGAUCGAAUAUGAGAAAACGUUUCACGAGAAUGUCGCAGAUCUUAAAUACGCGGGCACAACUCAUCUGAUUUUCUUCGCCUUUGUUCUAUUCAUAGUUAUCGUUCUAAUGAACUUACUCGUCGGUUUGGCCGUCUCCGACAUUCAAGGCCUGCAGAAUUCUGCCGGUUUGGAUCGGCUUGACAGAUUAACAAAACAAAUAGCACGUAUGGAAAUCUUUGUUUUCUUUCCUUGGUUUAUCCAUUUUCCUAGGAAAUGGGCAAAAAUUUCGAAACGUGAAUGUCUGCAACGUAAAGUGCUCGUGGUUUCACCCAAGGCUAAACGAACCUACAAUUUCAAGCCGAACGACCCACGUGAUCAUUGCUUUCCAGCUGACAUCAAAGAAGGCCUAUUGGCCAUAGCCAUUAACAAAGCAGUUAAUACAAAGAAGAAUAUCCUACAUGUUCCCUCCACUGGAACACCGAUAAAACAGCCGUUGGACAGCACAAGUGAAGACCACUUGAAGCAAGUGCUUAAUCGUGUAGACGAUCUGUUUCAGAAUUACGUGUCUGAAAUAAUUUUGAUGAACACGGCAUUGAAAAAGGAACUGGCAGGAUUGGAGGAUACGGUCACAUCCACAGAGGCUUGGCAGAAAAGAUACCGUAAUCGUCGCUUGAUAACUCAAGAACAUAUUAGUUCUUUUGAAUCAGUGUAAUACAAUU